AGAGCCUCGCAGUGACGCCAGCGCGCGCGUGCGCUCUGGCCUUGCUCUCUUGAUAGCCCUCGGGUUUGACCUACAGUCGCCCGGGAGAAGAUGGCUGCCCCCGCCGCGUCCGGGCUGUCCCGACAGGUACGGUGCUUCAGUACAUCUGUGGUCAGGCCCUUUGCCAAGCUUGUGAGGCCCCCUGUUCAGAUAUAUGGCAUCGAGGGUCGCUAUGCCACCGCCCUCUAUUCUGCUGCAUCUAAACAGAAUAAGCUGGACCAAGUGGAAAAGGAGUUGGUUCGUGUGGGACAACUCCUGAAGGAUCCCAAAGUGUCUCUUGCUGUUCUGAACCCCUACAUUAAGCGUUCCAUUAAAGUGAAAAGCCUGAAAGACGUCACAGCAAAGGAAAGGUUCUCCCCCCUGACGACCAACCUGAUGAAUUUACUUGCUGAAAAUGGUCGCCUAGACAGUACACAGGGUAUCGUCUCUGCCUUUUCCACCAUCAUGAGUGUCCAUCGUGGAGAAGUGCCAUGUACAGUGACCACUGCGUAUCCUUUAGACCAAGCUGUUCUCUCUGAGUUAAAGAUAGUGCUGAAGAGCUUCCUGAGUCAAAACCAAGUACUGAAAUUGGAGGUUAAGACCGAUCCUUCAAUCAUGGGUGGAAUGAUUGUGCGCAUCGGGGAGAAGUAUGUUGACAUGUCUGCUAAAACCAAGAUCCAGAAGCUCAGCCAGGCCAUGCGGGAGCUGUUCUGAAAGUCCCGAACUCGGAGCAGCAGUCAGACGGUCCUGAGCAGCCGGUGCUGAGCGGAUUGCCCUUUAGAGGCAAUGUGGAGUUUUCAUCUUCCUUCCAUUUCCCCUCAUUUGAAGGUUAAAAGGCCGUUUGGGCUGGAGAAUUCAGGAUACGUGUGUUACUGUUUGGAAUUCAUUGAUUAAACAUCGUACCUGCACACAACAAGCUAGUA